UGUACACUCGGACAAUCGAUUCCGCGUUUGCUAAUCAUUGUCGCAGAUGGCGUAGUUUAUAGACUGUGAAGCUGUGAAGAUGAUUGUUGGUAGAUAAAUGUCGAGGGAUUGGGAUUGUAGAUGCGAGAUCUGUAUUCUGUAUACGCAGGAGCUAUGUGUAUAUAUCAGUAGCAACCAGUAGUAUUCUUAUUAUUUGUUGUCAUCGCUUUAUCGCGAUACCAUGUCUGUAUGGGGUAAAACCAUGACGUCUCUUGGUUCCUUAUUUACCCCUUUAGGAACUAGUGCGAGUCUAAAACAUAUGUUCGAAAGAUGUGUGAAUGCGCGAACGAAGAAGGAAGAAGAGUGGCUGAUAAGAGAUUGUCUUGAAGUUGUUGAAAGUCGACUUAAAGACCCGGCCGCCACUCCAUACAUGGUGGUGCGCGGAUUAGCAUUUGUUAUAUUUGCAAAUAUGUUAGGAUACAAAAGUGAAUUUGCUUCCACUCAUGCCAUCAGACUAGCGCAGUUAGGUUCCCUUCGUGAAAAGAAAAUAGGAUACUUGUCAUGCAUUUUCCUGAUUAAAGACUCUGAUCCUGUUUCUAUCUUGAUAAUGAACACCAUACAGCGUGAUCUUGGGAGUAAAAAUAUCCUUGUUGUUGCCAUGGCUGCCUCUGCUACCUGUUAUCUUGUACCAAAAUAUUUGGCCUCAACAGUUCUGCCUUUACUGGCUGAGAAAUUGCACCACCCAAGUGAAUUUCUCCGGAGUAAAGCUGUUGUAGUUUUUCAUCAUUUUUUGCGCGUGUGUCCUGAACAUUGUCGGCAUUACGUAGAGUCUGUAUGUGCCCUUUUGGGUGACAAAGAUCCAUGUGUCGUGGGGUACGUUUUGCAGUUUCUAGUGGAUGUUGCAAAGUGGGCAUUCGGUUCAGCUAACACCUAUCUCAACUGCAUGCGCGAGCAGAGAGGGGGAGAAAGGGACAGACAAGAAAAAGAGAGAGAAACGAAGAGAGGGACAGAAAAAAAGACAGAAAUAGAAACUGGGAGAGCAGAGAGUUCUUCACUUCUGCAAAAUGCUGAGGAACAUACAAAAGAGAUUGCUUCAUUAUGUUAUAAAACUUUGGAUGUUCUUAAAUUUGAGAAGUUUCCUCUUCAAGAAGCAUUGAAAAUAGAGUGCCUUAAUACAUUACUUCAGUGUGAAGGUGGAGAGAAAAACUUCAACUUAGCAAUGAAAUACUGUAAAGAACUUUUAUUCAGUAGUAGUUCUAAUUUGAGAUAUACAGGAUUGGAUCUGCUACAAAAUAUUAUUCAACAAUAUAAUAUUGUUUUAACACCUGAUCUUCAAGAAGUGAUAUCAAGAUGUCUGGAAUAUAAUGAUUCAAGUGUUCAGUACAAAAUAUUACGUUUACUUUGUGUGGCUGCAAAUGAAAAGAAUGUAGACAUGGUGUGCUCCCAAAUUGCAGAUAAUGUUCUCUCAUGUUGCAAAGAUAAACUGCAUUUUCAAGUGGAACUGAUAAAUGAAGCAAUUGUUCUUACUGAAAAAUUUCCUAAUACUAAUAAUUACUGGCAUGUUGCAAUGCUCAUCCGCUUGCUUCAAUUAGCUGAUGAAAAGCAAUCUAGGCUUAUCCAACAAAAAAUUAAAAGUGCUUUAUCAUCAGAAAAUGCACCAAAUAUUUUUCAAGCACGCCUUAAAGUACUUCAAAUAUUGAGAAAAUAUUCAGAUACCAAAACUGCUUCUACUGCUGUUUUGGAAAUGUUUGUUUGGACACUAAGUCAUUUUGGAAAACAUUAUCUUGCUAAUAAUGAGGAAGACACGGUAGAUGUUAUCAAAGAAAUAAUUAAUUUAGGCAGAAAGAUUGUGAAACAUCAAUUUAUUAAAUCUUAUUUUUCAUCAGAAAUAGAAAGGCUGCUAAUUGCCAUUAACGAUGCAUUGACUUACGUUAGUUAUCAAUAUGGAGUUUGUUCAAAUAUUAUCGAGUAUGUAGAAGAAGUAAAAUCUAUGUCUGUUAAUAACUCAUGUUUACAUAAAUAUUGCCAGGAGAUCAUUUAUAGCCUACCUCAUUGUCAAGCACUGCAUAAAUGUUUAAAAGACGUGAAUUGGCACAAGGAAACUAAAGGAACAGAUUUUACAUUAUCAUUUCUUGAUUGGUAUGUUUGUGAAAGUUUAAAAGGUGGUGAAACACUGUGUAACGUAAAACAGCCCAAGGUUAAUCCAGAAGCACCAGAGGGGGAGCCCGAAGGUUUUUUGUAUCAAGAUGUUAGUUAUAUCAGGGAUUCUCCUGGAUUAUGUGCAAGUCCUGUUAGUUCUGAAAGGGAAUCGUAUUUUGGAUCAGGAAUGUCCGAAGAGUUGAAGAUUUUUCACGGAAGAAGUUUUGACAAAGAAGCUGCUGAACCAAGAAUUAUCUGGUCAAAAAUUGGUGUUGUGGAAAAUGACAUUGUGAAGACAGAUGUUGAAUCGGACAGUCUAAAUAUGUCUCUGGUAAGAAAUUUGAACAGUUCAGAAAACCUUGACAAACUUUUUCCAAGAGAAAGUGCUGAAUCUAAAGAAGAAAAUGAUGAUGAAAGACUGGAUCCAUUAGAUAGAUUAUUAAAACAAAAUGUUCAAUAGCUAUAAUUAAAUUUUGAAAAAAAAUGAACUGAUUAUUUAAUGUUUUAUAUUUUACUAAAAACACAGAAUAAAUUAUUUUUAUAAUAUGAAAGUUUUAUUCCUAGCGGUCAUGAAAUAUUAAGUUUGGUGCUGGCAUGUAUUAGAAGCUUCAAUCUAAUGAAUUAAAAAAUACGGAUGUUGAAGACC